GCGUGAAAAGUCUGCGCUGACUUUUUGCGCCUCAUCACUGCACGCUGUGAGGAGAAGCGCUGCCUCCCUCCUUCAUGCGUAAAUUAUGUAGGGCAGGACGGGAAAGCUCGGCUGCCUCCGUCUGAGAAAACCUGGCCGCUGCACGUGAAGCAGAGAAGAUUAUUGUCGUUUCUGAGCUGCGGUUUUUAUCAGGAUCAGCCUGCGUCGCGACUUGCCAUAUUUCCAGGCCCAGGAGAGGAAAAGAUGGACAUCACGGAUCAAGGAGCUCAAAUGGAGCCGCUUUUACCAACGGAGCAAAGUUCUCAAGAAAAUAAAGAUGUGAGAGCCGAUGAGGAGGCGGUGGUGGACCGCGGGGGGACGCGCUCCAUGCUCAACACCAACUUUGAGAAGGAAGAACUAGAAGGUCACCGCACCCUCUACAUUGGAGUCCAUGUCCCUCUUGGCAGGAGGUCACACCGGCGUCACCGCCACCAUGGACACAGACACAGGAAGAGGUCUAAGGAGAGGGACCCCACAGCUGAUGACGGACGAGAAUCCCCCUGCCACACAGACACGCCAGCUCAGAGGGUGCAGUUUCUACUGGGUACCGAAGAUGGCGACGAAGAGCACAUCCCUCACGCCCUGUUCACCGAGCUGGAUGAAAUCUGCCUCAGAGAGGGCGAGGAUGCCGAGUGGAAAGAGACGGCUAGGUGGCUGAAGUUCGAGGAAGACGUGGAGGAUGGUGGCGAGCGAUGGAGUAAACCCUACGUGGCCACUCUGUCUCUGCACAGUCUUUUUGAGCUUCGCAGCUGCAUCAUGAAUGGGACUGUGAUGCUGGACAUGAGGGCCAACUCACUGGAGGAGAUCGCAGACAUGGUUCUGGAUCAGCACGAGGUGUCUGGCCCUGUAGGUCAGGAUGCGAGGAGGAGGAUCCGCGAGGCCCUGCUCAAACAGCAUCACCACCAAAACCACAAGAAACUGGCCAACCGCAUUCCUAUCGUACGUUCUUUUGCUGAUAUCGGCAAGAAGCAGUCUGAGCCUCAUUCUAUGGACAAGAAUGGCCAAACAGUCUCACCUCAGUCCCAGCCUCCCAACAAUGAGGGCAAGCAGGACGUCAGCCGAGAAAACAGCGCCGUGGACUUCAGCAAGAUCGACCUCCACUUCAUGAAGAAGAUCCCUCCUGGUGCCGAGGCAUCCAACGUGUUGGUUGGGGAGCUGGAGUUCCUGGAUCGCCCGGUGGUGGCGUUCGUCCGGCUGUCUCCCGCUGUGCUGCUCAACGGCCUGGCAGAGGUUCCCAUAACAACCAGGUUCCUGUUCAUCCUGCUCGGGCCCCUGGGAAAAGGUCCGCAGUACCAUGAAAUCGGCCGUUCCAUUGCUACACUCAUGACCGACGAGAUUUUCCAUGAUGUGGCUUAUAAGGCCAAAGACAGGAGUGACCUGGUGGCGGGCAUCGACGAGUUCCUGGAUCAGGUGACGGUGUUACCCCCCGGAGAGUGGGACCCCUCCAUCAGAAUAGAGCCUCCUAAAAAUGUGCCGUCUCAGGAGAAGCGAAAGAUUCCCCCCGUUCCCAACGGAGUGACGGAUCUGGGCGAGUCCGAGGGGCACGGCGGGCACGGCGGCCCUGAGCUUCAGCGCACUGGGAGGGUGUUUGGGGGCUUCAUCUUGGACAUCAAACGAAAGGCCCCUCACUACCUUUCCGACUACACGGACGCCAUCAGCCUUCAGUGUCUGGCCUCCUUCCUCUUCCUCUACUGCGCCUGCAUGUCACCUGUUAUUACCUUUGGAGGCCUCCUGGGGGAGGCCACAGAGGGCCGUGUGAGUGCUAUCGAGUCCCUGUUUGGGGCCUCCAUGACUGGGAUAGCCUACUCUUUGUUUGCUGGUCAACCCCUGACCAUCCUGGGCAGUACGGGGCCUGUUCUCGUCUUUGAGAAGAUCCUCUUCAAGUUUUGCAAGGAAUAUGGGCUGUCGUACCUCUCCCUGAGGGCCUGCAUCGGUCUGUGGACGGCCUUCUUCUGUCUGCUGCUGGUGGCCACAGAUGCCAGCUCGCUCGUCUGCUACAUCACGCGCUUCACUGAAGAAGCUUUUGCUGCGCUGAUCUGCAUUAUCUUCAUUUAUGAGGCCCUUGAGAAGCUACUUCACCUGGGGGUGCAUUAUCCCAUCAAUAAACACAACAACCUGCAGAAACUCACCCAGUACUGGUGUACAUGCGUGGAGCCCAGAGAGCCGAGCAAUGAGACGCUACACUUCUGGGAGGAGAGGAACAUCACAGCCUCGCAGCUCAACUGGACCACGCUGGAGGUCGACCAGUGCGAGAUGUUGCACGGGGACUUUGAGGGGAGUGCCUGUGGUCCUCAUGGCCCUUACAUUCCGGAUGUCCUCUUCUGGUGUGUUGUCCUCUUCUUCUCCACCGUCUUCAUGUCUGCGUUCCUCAAAGAGUUCAAGACGAGCCGCUACUUCCCCACCAAGGUGAGAGCCAUCAUCAGCGACUUCGCCGUCUUCAUCACCAUCCUCACUAUGGUGCUAGUAGACUACGCCCUGGGAAUCCCCUCGCCCAAACUACAGGUGCCCAGCAAGUUCAAGCCAACCAGAGAUGAUCGAGGCUGGGUGAUAAACCCCGUUGGACCCAACCCCUGGUGGACCGUCAUCAUCACCUCCGUCCCCGCUCUGCUCUGCACCAUCCUCAUCUUCAUGGACCAGCAGAUCACCGCGGUCAUUAUUAACAGGAAGGAGCACAAACUGAAGAAAGGCUGUGGCUACCACCUGGACCUGUUUGUGGUGGGGGUGAUGCUUGGCGUUUGCUCGGUGAUGGGCCUGCCGUGGUUCGUGGCGGCCACCGUGCUCUCCAUUUCCCACGUGAACAGCCUGAAGCUGGAGUCGGAGUGCUCGGCUCCCGGAGAACAGCCCAAGUUCCUGGGCAUCCGGGAGCAGCGCUUCACCGGCCUCAUGAUCUUCACCCUGAUGGGCUGCUCCGUCUUCAUGACCUCCGUCCUGAAGUUCAUCCCCAUGCCUGUUCUCUACGGCGUCUUUCUGUACAUGGGGGCUUCGUCCCUCAGAGGCAUCCAGUUCUUCGACCGUCUGAGGCUGUUUGGCAUGCCGGCCAAACAUCAGCCAGACUUCAUCUACCUUCGCCACGUACCGCUGAGGAAGGUGCACCUUUUCACCAUCAUCCAGCUCAGCUGCUUGGUCCUGCUCUGGGUCAUAAAAACCUCCAGGGCCGCCAUCGUUUUCCCCAUGAUGGUCUUAGCUCUGGUUUUCAUUCGUAAGUUGCUGGAUUUCAUCUUCACAAAGCGAGAGCUGAGCUGGUUGGACGACCUGAUGCCAGAGUGGAAGAAGAAGAAACUGGAGGAUGCUGCAGAAGAUGAGGAACACAGUAUUAUCGCAGAGGAAGAAGGCAUCGUACAAGUACCACUGGAGGGGCACUACAAGAGUGACCCCGCCACGGUAAACAUCACUGAUGAGAUGUCCAAAGGAUCUUUUGGGAAUGCGUGGAAGAGCGUGAGUCCUGCUGAGAGCACAAAAAAAGAACCAAAUGCUAAAAGCUGCAGCAGAAGCAGUGAGAAGCGACACAAGCGGCGGAGACAUGAGAAGAGUUUGGACAGAGAGACGAGUUUGUGAUGGCGCCUCCUGGUGGUGACACCACUGUCAACACGUAGAUGAAAAAACAGAAACUGAUAUCGUGCCACACUCAACCACCUUCGUACUGUGCUACACUGUGUUUUUAUGUCAUGUAAGUCUGUGUGCAAGUUGUGUAAAACAAAGAAACACUAUUAACACGAAGAAAGCCGCCACACGCGUGUUCUUUUUCUAUGUAUUCGCUGUUCGGUGAUACCAGCAACAGAGCCAAGCCAGAAUUACGACUUUUACAGUAACGGGCCAAUUCAGCAAAGAUUUUAAAUGACUUUUAAUCUCCUUUAUUUGUAUUUUGUAUGUUUUUAUAUUUUUCCAACAAUAUCUGUAAGUUUUCCUUUAAAAAAAACUUCCACGGUGAACCAGGAGUUAAUUUCUUGUGGCGCAUUUAAAGCUGUAGUUAAAUUUCACAUCUCGCAGUAGAAAAUUUAGCGAUUCCACUGGUAUCUCAGAGAGCUGGAUACACAGCAAAGAUGUUCGUUUUUUGAAGGUAUUAAAUACACAUUUUUAAAAUUCUGUAUAUCUAAAUGUUUUAGUGUUGAUGACCGUUCAUAUCGCUCUAAAAUCUUUUCACAUAUAAACGUUUCCUCCAGCAACUGUUACACAUUAUUCUGCAUCUGCUGUUUCUGUUCAUUUCUCCUUUAUAUUCAGUGUAAAUAACAGCUGAUACGAUUGUUUAAUUUUAACAAAACAAUCACUAUAAAUCCAGAUUAUUCUGUAGUACAGUUUGUAAAGAACUGAAAAUGAUCACCUCUUGUACUUUUUUCAUCACGAUCAUUUUUUAAAACAAAUUAAAACCACGUUCCAGAUCCGGUUCCAUUAACAUGGAGACCUCUCAUAACAACUCUCAUCAUUGAACCAUGAAGUUCGUGGACAGUUUCCGUCUGAAUCCCACUGAAAAGACCAGAAUCAACCGCAGCCUUGAAGGGUCCUGAUGGAGACGUUUAUGGGAUUAAAGUCCGAUUUGCAUUCCUUCCACUUUUAAUAAUCUUUGUAAUGUGGAACAACCUCCUUCAGUAGUUUCCCUUUAAACAAGCUCACCUCUCUGAGAUUAUUAUCAGGGAUCUAAACAGACGGAGAUAAAUCUGACAGGAAAACUAAAACGCAGACGCUUCAUUAACUGAAAUCUUACAUGCAGAAUAACCUGGAACAGAGUUCGUUGACAUUCUGGGAAAUUUACAUGUUCGUUUUUUUGCUGAGAUUUAAAUGAGAAUGAAACAUGUUUGUAUGAUAAACACUAAGCUAAAGCUAAAGCUAGCUAGAUGUAGACGUAGCUUAAUACCUGGAUUUUAACAAUGAAACAUACUUUUGUUUCUGCUUUAGAAUAUUAUUAAUAAUGAUUAUUAACACUUUUUAUGUCAUUUGUUUAAUCCCAGAGACUUUAUAAGAACUGUGUGAAUUUGUACAAAACUAAAAUUAUCUAAAACAUUCCUUGCUAGCGAUAACUUCAUGUUUAUCAUCAAUCUUUUCAUUUAACUCCUGCAAAGUAAAGAUGUUCAUUUCCCAAACAUUUCCUUUCAUAGCGACAUUUUCCAGGAACAGCUUCACGAAAAAGACAUUUUUCAAGCUAGCAUGGCAGCAUAGUUCUGUAGCUUUAGCUAGUAUAAGCUACGUAGCCUUUGCUUCAAUAUUAAAAAGAAAAAAAGAAAAACUUAUAUACUUAAAUAAUGAGACUGUAUAAAAAGCUCUGUUUUCCUCUUGCGUACUCUGCGUCAUCUUGUCGGUAGGUGUCAUCCAUGGACGUGUGAUCUCCUCUCCAAAACGACCCUCAACGUGUUAGCAUCUGAAGCUAAUUGUUUUUUAAAAAGAGAAACACCUGCAUGGUGGUUCAGCUGUCGCUGCAGGACCACAGUUACUUAUAAAGAUGCAAUAAUACUCUUUUGGGAAGGGCAACAUGUAAUAAAUGGUAAAGAGUCUUAAAAUGUAUAAUACAUAGUAUAUUUUAUUGAUGUAAAAUGUUAUUAAUAUAUUACCAACAUGAAGUCAGUGUUGAAUUCUGAUUUUUGUUAUAGAUGUUUUUUCCCAUUGUCUAACUGAUGGCUCUUAGAUGAUUAGAGAAAUUAAUAAUGGGUCAAAAUUAUAUCAAUAUCAAACAUUUUGACCAUGUCGGUGUGAAAUUCUGCCUUAAAUCUGGUAGUAAUAGAUGGACACUUUAUGUUUAAUAAAUUAAGUCACCUGUAUACAGAGCUAUGAGUUCAAAUCUGUUGUGCAAUAGUGAUUUAUUUCAUGAGAAUGAGAGAAUGUGUGAGAGAGCAGAAAUAAAGAUAUUAAACAGC